GCGACUCAUCCACUGGCUUUCGAGGUGGGCAAAAUUUUUGCUAACCAGCUAAUGGCGAUUACCAAUGUGGCGUUGGCAUUGACAAUUUCGUAAAGUUCCGUCGACAAUGGCUGAUCGUUUGACACAACUACAAGACGCGAUUAAUGCGCAAGCCGAUAAUUUUUGCAAUGCAAUCGGGAUCUUGCAACAAACUGCCCCACCGGCAACUUUCCCUGGCUUCGAUCGGGCCGGCAACCGAACACCACAGCAACAACAAGAAGAUCACGCUUCACUUUUUGCCACAUUAAUUGCACGUUGUGCAAAAGAUAUCGACGUCCUUAUCGAUUCUUUACCCAGUGAAGACUCAACCACAGAGCUACAAAUUGCAAGCCUCAGAAGAUUGGAGGAGGGAAAUGAGGAUGCUGCUGCACGACUUAGGGAGGUUGUGAGCGAGGGAGAACUAAUGCUAGAGAAGAUUCAGAAUGCCCUACAUGACAUUGCACAGACCCAAUUAGCAAUGCAGAGUACAAGCCCAAGCACGUAACCAAUCAUUACUUUAUUCCUUGUAUCCUAAUUUUGAUAUUUAAAGAAACGAGUAGAAUCAAA